CAUGUACCAAUGAAGAUCCACUGAUCUGAUUGGUGAUCACAAUAGAUCGAUCACUCUAUUAAGAGAGUGCUGUCUUCGAAUCAGCACUCUGGGCUUGGAGGUUUUGGUCUUACACUUCUGUGCCCGCUGCGUGCGGCCGAGAUACCUUCUCUUCACAACCCACCAGUUGAUCAAACAUUUGCAAUGGUACGAUACGACAAUUUGAUGCGCUGUCGCCGGAUUUGCGAGGGAGCGCGGCAGACGUUGGAUACGCAGAAAUGAAUGCAGAGCCAGAGGCGAUGGAUACACUGCGACAACUGCCGGAAUCUGCUAAGCGCACUAAGAAGGUCGGAAUCACCGGAAAGUACGGCACCCGCUACGGUGCUUCUCUGCGUAAGCAGGUCAAGAAGAUGGAAAUCACCCAGCACGCCCGUUAUACUUGCACCUUCUGCGGUAAGGACAGCGUCAAGCGCACUGCUGUCGGUAUCUGGAAGUGCAACGGUUGCCGCAAGGUCACCGCCGGUGGAGCCUGGACUGUCUCGACCACCGCCGCCACGACCGCUCGCUCGGCCAUCCGCCGUCUCCGCGAGAUCCUUGAGCAGUAAACUCACUC